AUGCAACUCAAGUUCUUCGUGGCAGCUUCGGCAUUGGUAUCAACUGUGGCAAGUCUUGGUGACUUGGCCUUCAGUUUGGGCGUUAAGGACAACGCUGGCAACUGUAAAUCGGCCGACGAAUACAAGAGCGAUUUCGAAGUGUUGUCUGGCCAUUCGAAAAUUGUGAGGACUUAUGCUGUCUCCGAUUGUAACACCUUAGAGAUUUUGGGUCCUGCUGCUGAGGAAGCAGGAUUCCAGGUGAUGUUUGGAAUUUGGCCGACCGACAAAGCCCAUUUUGACGAAGAGAAGCAGGCAUUGAAGCAGUUUUUACCUAAGAUUUCUAAAUCUACCGUAAAAGUGUUUACUGUCGGUUCUGAGGCCUUAUACAGAGACGACUUGCCAGCUUCUGACUUGGCCAAUGCUAUUGACGAAAUUAAGCAACUUAUUUCCGAGAUCGAGGACAAAAACGGUGAGUCUUACGCCGGUGUGCAAGUUGGAACUGCCGAUUCCUGGAAUGUGCUUGUUGAUGGUGCUGCCAUUCCAGCUAUUAAGGCUGCCGAUUUCGUGUUCGCUAAUGCGUUCUCCUACUGGCAGGGUCAAACGAUGGAGAAUGCUUCCUACUCUUUCGUCGACGAUAUCAUGCAAGCUUUGCAAACUAUCCAGACCGCUAAAGGUUCUACCGACCUCUCUAACUUCUGGGUUGGAGAAACAGGAUGGCCAACACAAGGCACCCACUUUGAAGCUAGUGAGCCAGGUGUGGAUAAUGCCAGACAGUUUUGGAAAGAGGCAAUCUGUGCAAUUAGAGCUUGGGGAGUCAACGUAUGUGUCUUCGAGGCUUUUGAUGAAGCAUGGAAGCCUGACACUUCUGGCACUAGCGACGUCGAAAAGUACUGGGGAGUAUGGGAUGCAAACUAUGCCCUUAACAACAACAUGAAAACAGGCUCAGUCGUACGGCUUGUUGGCUAUCUCAUCACAUUUUCGAAGACAAAAUCUUGGCCUCUUCCUCCAGAUACCAUCUCAAACGCUCGUCUCAAUUCCACAACUUCAUCAAAUAAUGAAGGGUCUACUCUCUUCGUCGUCAGCAUAGUUAUGCUCUCAUUAGUCAUCCUUUCGAUUCUUUUGAUAGCAGCAUAUUUUGUCAUUCGACGUAUAGGGACGUUGAAUGAAGAAAGCUUGAAUCGCGAAGAGGAGAAUCAAGCUUACCUCGAAUUAAACCUGGACGAACAGGAGCUUUAUUUUCAAUCAAGGGAAUAUCUUACCACUAAUCCAUACGUUCGUGGUGACCUACUAUUCAGCCAAAACCUUAGCAUCCAAGAGAAGGGUAUACGUGCGUGGGAAUUUGUUAAGGAUUAUAUGUUGACAAACAAUGAUCUUCUUAUUGUUAAUCGCUUUGAACUUAACUUCUUCAAGAAGUUCGAGUGUUCAACACAGACGAAUCUCCCUAUUCCGAUGACAAACGACGUCUACUACUUCGAAACUUACAAAAAGUUUAAUUCCGAUAUUCUAUUAGAGCGUUCCGAGAUUGACGAUGAGAACGAUUUGACGGAGAGGGAAAAUGAUUUCCCUCCAGACUUCUGGGAUAUCAAUGAGAGCCUGGAAGGGGGUGCCGUCAACCAAGAUAAGUUUAGCUACAAUGCUUACAGAGAUGAUCACUCAGAAGAUGAAAGAAUAACCAUGGACAGCUUAAUCCCUUCCAAACCGCCCAGUUACAGCGCGGAUAGUGGAGAGCCUAGUAAUGAAAGUGACUCAUCUCAUCACAUUCCUUCAGAACAGCUAAACAGUCAUGAUACCCAAAGUACUGAUGUUAAUGGAGAUUUAUUGCAUAGUGGAGAGCAAAUCUCUGAAAUGAUACAAAGACAGAAAGGUUCUCCUGUUGAAGACAUCGAUGAUGAUGAUGAUGAUGAUGAUGAUGAUGUUGUUGUUGUUGUGUCAAAUGGCUCAGUUGAUCAAGUUGAAAAUGCUUUGAAAGAGUUCUCUGUUUCCCAUGGCAGGAUAGCGAUGGUAUCUGAGAUAGUGCACCUAUAUAGCUUCCCAGAAUUAAUCUGUUUUCUAGAGCGUACAGAAGAGAAAAAAUCAGCACAAAUUGCCUUCGAAGGUGAAGUGGUAUUCAUGUUUUUCAAGGGUUUGAACUUCAUUCAAGAUUUGACCUGCGAUGUUAUGGACUUUCAAAGGACAUUGCCUGGUGACUGGGCAACCAGGACCUACCAAGCUUAUAGGCUAUGCAAAGUUUAUUUCUACUUUGAUGCGACUGUGGUCGAUUUCCCCGGUGAAAGAAGUGGUAAUAGCUUCGAAGAUUCGCACCAGUUCAACAGCAUCAUGACAAUAGCGACUGACGUCAUCAGAAAGUUAUGCUUUAUGAUGCAACGUAUCGGAGGGGUUUUUCUAGAUGACAGAAAUCUCAGUGGUGGCAAGGCUAUUGCUUUACGUCAUUUCUUGAGGAAUUUUCCAAACGUGGAGAAACUUAAAGACUCUGACGGAACAUAA